CCCGCACACAGUGUGCCGCCCUGCCCCGGACUCUCUACAAAACUGAAAACAAAACUUUUCCCCCCCUCCUGCGCUGUGCAGUCACUUUCGUUUCCCGUGCCCCUGUCAUCGUGCAGUGUGCCCCCGCUGUGACUGGCAGCUCGCUCUCCCGGUGGCACUCGCCAGCCAUGCUCGCGGCUCCUUGCUGACAGUGGCGUGUUAGCAGGGGGCCCUGUCUGUCACCUCCAGCUGGCACCGCACGUGGGGAGCCCUGCAUGCCGCUCUCUCACCCUCUCAUGCCCCCCACAUACAGGAUCCAUGCCACACCGCCUGCCUCUUCCUCUCUGCCAGCCUUCCCUCUGCCAGGCAGGCUAGACCAGGAGCAGCUCGCCAGUCUGUGCUUGGCAUUUGUGGCUGUGAGCAGGGAUGGAUGGGCACGGCACAGAGGGCACAGCCCAUGGUGCCAGCAGUAAGGAGGAGGAAGCCAUGGACUUGUAUCUGAGGUCUCAGGGAUUGUUCAGGAAGAAGAUUGCGAAGGAUGGCUCCUGUCUGUUCAGGGCAGUGGCUGAGCAGGUUUUACACUCCCAGACACAGCAUUUGGAGAUCAGGAAAUCCUGUAUAGACUAUCUGCGUGAAAACAGAGGCCAAUUUGAAGCGUUUAUUGAGGGGUCUUUUGAAGACUAUUUGAAGAGUCUGGAAAAUCCACAGGAAUGGGUUGGCCAGGUGGAAAUAAGUGCCCUUUCACUGAUGUUCAAGAGAGAUUUUGUUAUUUAUCAAGAACCCAAUUUUCCUCCCUCGUAUGUCACUGGAAAUGGCUUUUCAGAAAAGAUAUUGCUGUGUUUUUCGAAUGGAAAUCAUUAUGAUAUUAUCUACCCUCUUGAUUUUAUUGAGAAUGCUGCUUUGUGCCAAUCUCUUGUUUAUGAACUGCUCUAUGAAAAAGUGUUGGAUGUAAAUAUUGGGGAAGGUGUGUUGAAACCAGACACUUCUAGCUUAACCGCUGAUGAUGCCUGCAGGAGUGAUGCUUCAGGAUCUGAUAUGGAAAAUGAAAUCGCUGGGGGGGAAAAGGUGACAUUUGGAGAUAUGAAUGGUUUCAAGGCUCACAAGGAUAGCAAGCACCAGCAUAGAAAGAAUGGAAUGGCCACUCUGUCUCAGACUGUUCUUCGCUCUCUUGAUCCUUCAUUUUACAGAAAUGUUGAAUAUGAUGUUUGGUUCAAGUCACAGAGAGAUCAGCAAAAACUUGACUUCUCGAUUGCUGCUGGGAUGCAGUAUUCUGUCGGGGACAAGUGCCUAGUUCGAUUAGAAUCAGGGGGGAAGUUUUAUGGUGCUCACAUUCAGGAAGUUGCCGUGGAUAAUGGUCCUAUUGUGGUGUUUAUUGAAGAACUUGCAAAGAAACAAGCGGUUCCAUUGAAAAACCUUAAACCUAUUUCACUGACAAUCAGCAGUUCUAGUACUGAUGGGUGGAACACUGUAUCUGGAAAAAAAGUUAAGAGGUCCCCUGCAAGUGGUGCAGGCAUGCCGCUUGUGAAAGAUCACAGAGGACAGAAGGGAUUGAACAGGCCAAUAAAGCCACAGACUGCAUCGUCCUCUCGUCUGCAGCAAAGUGCUGGGAAUAAGUUACAUGGGCCAUCUUCUCAAUCAUCAGAUCAAGUUGCCCAACCUGAGAACAAGGGACGGAGCAGGACUCCACCUAAAGUGCCUGUCAGCAGGAAGCUUGAGCGAAGUGAUGACUCCAGUUACUUUAAACGUGAGAAUGUUUACUUUGGGCUGACUCCUGAAGAGCGGAGAGAGAAACAAGCAUUUGAGGAGUCAAAAUCUUUGUAUGAGAUUCAAAGCAUGGACGAAGAUGCAUUUCCUGCCCUUUCUACUACUUCUUCUGUGGAUCAGGUGUCCAUUCAAAGCAGUGAAGUGUUAACCUCAAAAAAGGGCUCGAAUGUGAACACUGAGAAACGCAUGCCAAAAAAGCCUGAAAGAGAAGAUCAGAGUGAAAAAGCCUCUAAAUCCGCUCAAGCAGAAAAAGUGAUUGACCAGAAAGCUGCUGAGGAAGUCGUAGAGACACCAGUGACCUCAGAUAAUGACCUUGUUCUUCCAUCACCUUCUGAGCAACCAACAUCAACCACAGUGCCUUCUGCAGCCCCAACAGAAACCACCUGGUCAGGUAUUCCAGCACAGAUACCUGCUUCUCCUGGUAUUGGGGCUACUGUGUUACAAUCUCAGGUAACCGCUGCCCCAUUUACACAACUUCCUGUCUCUGUACCAGCAGUCAACCAGCCUAUGCUGCCUAUACCUCAGCCACUGAGUGCUUACCAAGACCCACUGUAUCCUGGUUUUCCUUUAAAUGAGCAGAAUGAAAGUGCCGCUCUACCUCCUUACUCGUUUUCUAAGGUUGGAGAAGACCUUCCUACUGAUAAAAGUAUUCUUCGAUUCUUCUUCAACCUAGGUGUAAAGGCAUAUACAUAUCACAUGCUGCCUCCGGUAUCUUAUUUGAACCCUUUACGGCAAGCAUCUAUGUGUAGAAUGUAUCCAAACUUCCAUUUGUACCCACAAGGCCACUGGGUACCACAAGAAGCAUCAGUAAACCAAAGUCUUGUAGAUCCAUCCAUUUUUGCCCAUUGUAGUGAAGUACAGCCAGAGAGUGGGAGUGUUGUAUCUUCUCCAACACUGGAAGCAUCAUUUGUUCAAGCCUCUGGUAUUGAAGAACAAGUAGGUGUACAGAGUGGAUUGGAGGCAAAGGACCAAAAUGAGUGUCAAGGUGCAGAUUUUAGUUCAGUGGCUAGCAAAUCAAUGAUCCCACAUACUGGAUUUGGGCACGGUCCAUAUAUGGGACAUCUCCCAAUAGCACCUACGUUUGUCCCUCAUUUUUGGUAUAGUUACCCCUAUCAACCGUACAUUGAGAAUCCUGUUAUCAGACAAAAUGUUUUCAUUCCUCCUCAAAUGAGACAGAUGCCUGAAAACAUUGCACUGGGAGAAGUUCUUGAAAAUAAUUUAACUGAAGCCACUAAAAAGCAGUCAUUGGAAUCUGAGAGUCCACCGAAACCUGAUGGGCCACAGCUUGCUGGAGCUAUAAAUUGUCCAUCUGGUUCUAAUUUUUCUUCAGUGAAAGUAGAAGAACUGAGAAAGGUUACACCUUCUCCUGUUGAGUAUCAGGAAUCUCCAGGCAAGGCUAAAGACAACAAAGUAACAGGUCCAGGUAUAAUUACAAAUGUUCGACAAGUUCCUGUUGGGCAGCAGGGCCUUCAAGCAAAGCCGAAGGACAACCAGGCCGCUGUUUCAUCUGUAACUUCAAGUGCUACUCAAACUAGGCUUGUUCAGCAGGACCUUCCAGGGAAGACCACAGAUAAAGAAGCAGCUCUACCGGUUUUACCACAAACUGUAACUGAUGAGGUUGGUCAUAAUGUCCCAAAUCAUAAGGUUUCAGUUUGCCAGUUAGUGGAUGCUAUAGGAAAUGUACAAACAAAUGCUCCAGAAGUAAGGCCUGCAAGAACACGGGAAGAGAGUUCAGAGGAUGAGAGGGAAGUGUCCAACAUGUUGAAUAGUGGAAGAGCAAAGAAUUUCUACAACCAGACCUACGGCACAAGGAGGCCUAGAAAUGAGAAGUACUAUCCACCUGGAAGAGGCUACCAUUCAAGAAAUGAGGAAGGCUGGCGAGCUCCGAGAGGUAGAGAAGAAGGCUAUCAACAUCAAAGAAAUUUCAGGGGCAGGCCAUAUAGAAGGCGAGCUAUGGGGGACAGCUACAAGACACAGUAUGACUAGUGUCCUGUUGUACUGCAGUGUGAAGCUGAGCUAUUUUUUAUUUAUUUAAACUAAAAAUGUUUCAAAGUAAUUAAAGUACAAAGUGGGUUCAGGGAAUGGCUUAAUACAUUGAAAAGUGUACCACCAGGCUUUGGUGGGUGGUGGUUUGGUUAGGUUUAUGUAUAUAUAUAUAUUAUUAUUUUUUUUUCCCUUGUAGCUCCUAUAUUAAAAAUGAACAAUGGUAUAUGGGCCUUUUCUGCAAAUAUUAAACUUUGGAAAAGUUUAAUCUUCAAAACUGCUUAGUGUUGCAGACGAGAGGUGCAUAUAAUGGACUGAGCUGUGGUCUGCUGCAAAACUAUAAUGCACUGAAAAAAGUAAAAAACUAAAAAAACUUUCUCAGAAUAAUAAGGCAGAAAAUGGUUGUUCCGCAAAACAAAUGUUAAUUUGAGGGUACAAAUGCAUUUAGGUUUUGUAGAGUUUGUCUUACAGCUUCAGUUUCUUGAAUACAUUAUUUUUGGUUGUGCUUCCACUUUAUAUGCCUUUCAUUUUGUGAUCUCCCAACUGCUGCCAAUACAGAAUGGAUGAACAAAAUGUUAUUGCAUAGCAUAUAUGUUGUUAAUGUCAAACUGUUUAAGCAGUUCAGUAUUGGUGAUGCCUAAAAUGGGUUGCCAGUCCAGACAGCAACAAAAUGCUUAAAGGGAAAUCCAAAAAGGAAAUAGGAGUGAUGUUUUAUUAUUUUAUCUAACCAAAUAGAUGUCACUAUUCUUUUUGCGAUGCAAGUUACUUUUGUCUUCUAGAUAUAUAUGUUCGCAAAUGUAUAGAAAAAUAAAAAAAAAGACUACAGGAAGCAGCUGGAUUGCUUUUUAGUAGCAGACUUUGUAUUACGUAUUAUUGACAUAACUUGGAAAGUGUUAAGUAACAUCAGUAUCUCCAAGUAUAUGCAACACUUCAUAUCCGAGGUAUCAAGAAUGCCAAUAUCACCACUUCAAUAACAUUUGUAAUGACCUUUAUUUGUAUUCUGCUUGGAAUAUAAUGCUGCUUCCUGUGUCUUUAUUUUGCGGACUUUAUGAAUUUAUAUUGGUUGCAUCAAAAAGAUAGUUGCUGAGCAAUCACUGUACUUAUGGAUACAACAUUGUUUUGUACAGGUAAUGUUCUUAUUUCUAGCCAAAAACAAGACUUUGAGAUUGUGAACUUUUUCCCCCUCUUUUUCUCAGUGUAUUCAUUGUAAUCCUACGUCUUGCUCACUCUGACUUUGGGUUAUGAUGACCGAUGCAUAUUUGGAUCUUUUAGGUGUCACUAGUCGUAUACCAUGCUGUUCAGGGGACGCUUUUAUUUGGUUAUGCCGUAAAUAUUAAUUGCUGCUAGCAAUAAUUACAUACAAUUAAUGUGCCCUGUUCCGUCAGAGAUCAAGAAAUGAAAGGAGCAGACCAUGCUAUAAUUUGCACUGACUUAUCUUGGAUGUUUUUGAAAAAGACAUUAAAUCAAGUAUUUUAUUUGGAAUGUGUUAACAUGCUAUUCAUUACUCAUAAGUUGUUUAAUAGACCUUUUAAGUUGCAUAGAGUUUAACAUAUUGUUUCUUUGUUUUUGUUUUUUUGUAUUGAACUAUUUAACUGCUCCAGCAUUCACUUAAUUUCCCAUCAUAGGUUUUGCAUUUUAAAUGACUCUUGAAUGUUUUCAUCAUUGUUGACAAUUUAUAAUAUGCUUUAUCCUUUUUUUUUUUUUUUUUCCUUUCAUUCAUGCUUUCUUUCUUUCUAUAGAAAUUUUCACAAAGCAUAUAAAUUGUCAUUUGUGUGAUUCCUGAGUGCAGUGUCUUUAGGGAAUGGCUACUAUUGUCAUUAUGUUUACAUGGUUGUUUUUAUUUCCUUUAUACGUACAAUUAAAAUUGAUUUAGAUCU